AUGGAGGCGCUGAUAGCCCAUAGUGCUCGGAAGUUCCUUUGUCUGAGGGACUACAGAAAUCUGUGUGUGUCUUUGAGACUGUUUCCGGAAGAUGUGGAUCGUUACGUUUCAUUGACUAGAUUGCACAGUCAGGCGCAGGUGUGCGUGACUGAGCCGGCUGAGGAGGAGGAGUGGAGCCAAGUGCCGUCGGGCGCCUUCUUGUUGAACCGAACACACCUGGUGUUGCCAUUGCCUUGGCGCCAGGUAAACGACUUGGAUCCGGCGCUGUCGAUAGUAGAAGACUUGUUCUGCGACCCGGAGGAUUGUGGCGGGAAUGGGGGAGUGCUGAAUCUCCAGGGGGCAUUGCUGAAUCCCCCGGGAGGAGGGUUGAGCCCAGGAGCGUUGAGCCCACGGGUGCCCUUGGAAAGCAUAACGAUUAUCUUGAAGCAAGUGACUUACCGCGCUCUCAAGGUGCUGAGGAGACUUUUGGAGUCCAACGCGUCCUCCGUACGCGUCAUCACGAUCACCUUUGGCGAAGUGACGGCUCAUGAACCCUUGUCGUUUAACAGACCUGUGCGUAGUAAAGAGCCCCAAAGCGAGAAUUUGGCUACAGCGAACAGACGGCCUCACAUGGACUCACUGAUAUAUCAAGGGGACGAUCCCAGAAUUGUGGCCUAUGUCGGCACACAAUAUGUCGAAGCCCAGCACGAUCGGGCAGACGAGAGGAGUGGUUGUCUGGAUACGAAGGCAGACUGCUCGGACUUAUGCUUGAAUAUGGAGGGAUUGGUCUUUCCUCAACUAACCUCAAUGCAGUUAGGUGUGCCCUUCAGCUGCAGGAAUAUCGAGGUCCCCGGUCUGUCGUCACUGAGGGUCUAUUACUUGCCUGAAGAGAAGGUUGGUCGGUGGUGCAGUGAGAUGGAUCUAUAUCGGUCUCAGUCUGUUUGCGAACACCAAGUAGGGUCCUUGCAACACUUACUCUCAAUCUGUGCUACAAGCAUCGAGGAUCUACAACUCUCAGGGUGCGUCCGAUUACGCCAGGAAGCCAAUAUAUUCGAUAACCGAUCUUUCUUUCCCCAUCUCAAAUCCCUUGACCUCGGCUGGACCUGCCCCGCGGAACUCCACUCGCUAGCCGAAGCGCUGAAAGCCAAAACCAGUGCUCCGGUUGCCGAGCUUCUGAGCAUCCCAUUUCAAACUCAUGCUGCUCUCAUGAUGUCCGCGAAAAUCUCGGACAUUGAGAUUAACACUACCAAUGCAGUUGUUACCAUCCCGCCCCGCCUGCCAAGUUUGAGUUCCUUGUUUUUCAAUGGACCAGUUCGAUCAGGACUCAGUAAUCUACAUUUAGAGAUACAUCAAAAGGUUAUAAGCAGAAAUGAGAAUGCUUCUGGAAUAUGUUUGCAAUAUGCCUGUUACAGUGCGAGUCUGGAAAAUCUAUUGAAUUUCCGUUUAUCAUUCCCUGACUGUUGUAUUUUCGCUAUUUAUCGGAAUGCUACUACUCGGCUCCAUCAUUUAAUCUUGCGGAAAAGUUUUACCGCGAUAGUUAGAGAAAGUACUGACUUCCCUAGCAGCUACCGCUACGGCCGCUUUCGCUGGGAUCAGUUCUUAAGGUAUUGCCAUGUUUCGUCGAGCACGUACAAUCGAAUUCGAUUGUCUAGAGUAAUGCGAAGCAGACGACGGCUUGGUGAAGAAGACGAACUGCAAUGGGAGGCACAAGAAACCCUCAAUAGCGGCGAGGUGGUAACGCCGCCUGCGGUCGACCCGUCCAUGAACGGCAGGGAUCUCUUCGCGCUCGAGAUGUGGCAGUUGCCUGCCCUGAGUGCAGGACAGUGUUCGGAUACAGAGUGUGCCUACGCAGUCUGGAACCAGCUGACGAGCGACCAAAAAAGCCUUUAUCAUCGAAUUGCCAAACUCUAUGUACAACAAAGACAGGACCACUACUCGUUUGAGACGUACCGUCCGUGGUGGAAGCAGAAACCGCUCUGGAAAACCAGACUGCAACCGGAGGCCAGUAUUAUACGACCUUCGAAGUGCGGCAGAGAGACUCGGGACGCCAACACGCAAAGAGGUACCACACAGGGAGGUACCAUACAGGGAGGUACCAUACAGGGAGGUGCCACACAACUAGGCCCAUCAUAG